AUGACUUCGACCACGACCGCUAUCGAGCUUGCCACGGGCUCUGCUUCCAGCCACGCAGGGAACUUGCGCAGCUCCAGCGGCAGAAAGAACGAAGCUUUCGAAAGAGUCACCGUAGCCGAUCAUGUUCUCGAAGCGUCGCGGGAGGCUGACUCGACCGUCCCUGAAGGCGGAUACGGCUGGGCCAUCGUCGCCGGCGGCUUCGUGCUGCUGUGGUGGUCACUCGGCACGACGUAUGCCUGGGGCGUGAUGCAGACCGCCUUGGUCGCUGAUGGCCUGGCUGAUCCGGCCGUUCUCUCUUUUGUGGGAUCACUGCAGGCGGCGCUGAUCUCGGCGCUGGCAAUUGUCAACUCCCUGGUGGUGCGAAAGACGGGAGUCCGCGCAGCAGCCAUGCUGGGCGCCGCGUGUAUGGGCGGCAGCGAGAUUCUGAGCAGCUUCACAGUUCAUAGCGUUGGCGCGCUGUUUUUCACGUCGGGGAUAGUGAUGGGGAUGGGAGUCAGUCUGUGUUUCGCCGUCAUUUCUACGGUUCCAUCGCAGUAUUUCAGUGCCAAACGGGGCCUGGCCAAUGGAUUCAUGUUCGCUGGAAGUGGAUUUGGAGGUGCUGCAAUCAGCUUCGCCUUGGACUCUUUGAUCCGAAAACUAGGCACUGCGUGGGCAUAUCGCAUCCUAGGCCUCAUGACUCUUGCUACCGGUCUUCCGGCCGCAUGGCUGAUGAAGGAGAGAGUCCCCGUCGAGAGGCGAGGGUUUAUUGAAUGGAAAUUGUUCAAAUCUCCUACAUUCGUGCUCAUCUUCGUUGGCAGUGCGAUUGGAACUUUCCCUUUGUUUGUCCCGCCGUUCUUCCUCCCAUUAUAUACCAGAUCACUAGGUUUCACGCCCAACGUUGGUGCCGGCUUGGUUGCAGGCUUCAGCUUGUCUUCUGCCGCCGGCCGCAUCCUCUCGGGCUUUGCCUCCGAUAAAGUCGGCUCAAUCAAUACUGUUCUUGUGUCUUUGGUCUUGACUGCCAUCACUUUCCUUGCAAUAUGGCCAACUUCUACAGAACUGGGACCGCUCAUCGCCUUUGUUGUCAUCAAUGGCGCUGCCAAUGGAGCUUUCUUCUCCACCAUGCCAACUGCUAUCAGCAAGGUAUUUGGUAGUGCUAGAGUGGCCAUCGCAAUGAGCAUGGUAGUAACCGGCUGGGUUGGCGGCUAUCUCCUGGGCGCACCGAUCGCGGGCUACAUCUUGGAAGCCUUUGGUGGUACUGAUGGUGGAUUACACGCGUAUCGACCUGCCAUGUUUUAUGCUGGCGCGCUUGCGCUUGUCUCUGGCAUCUUCAUAUUGGCCGCACGAUUUUAUAUCAACAAGUCUCCUUUGGCUGUGGUGUGA